AUAUAUUAUCGCAAGCGAUCAUUCGUCAAUUUUUUUUAAAUAGGAUAGGACUUUUAUGUUCACCUUAAUCUGUAUCAUACUAUGCUUCCACGAGAGCUUCGAAAGUUGUUCUGAGACACUCCGUGUCUCAUAAUAUUCAGUUAUCCUCAUAUACAUAGUUGCCUUAACUAGAGGAAUAUUGCUGUCUCGCUGUUGUGGUCUGUAGAACAAAUACUAUGGUUGAGAGAUCCGUAAAGUUUUGUUGCACUAUACAACAUUAAGAAUACUACUCAAACACAUAUGAAUAGACAGUAAAGAAAGUAAAUGUAUCACUUUCAGAGUAUUAUGGAUACGACAAUCAUUUUAUAUGCCAGGCGAAAAAUAAUAUUAAUAUUUUGCUGUGACAACCAUAUUUAGGCAAGUGAUAUCUUUACUCUCUUAAAGUGAAUCAGUGAAUAGUCACUGAUAUCACUUAUAAGUAUAGCACUGAGCAGUUUCAAUGCUAUACUUAUAGCUGUAAAUCAAUGUAUACUUACUGCUUUCAAUAAUGUUUCACUGAUUCACUUUAAAAGAGUAAUGUUUUCUUCGUGCAGCGGAAACUCUCAUUGAAAGAUUAUUCCUGUUCUCUAAUGAAGUGACCUUACCCUUUAGUGAAAAAGAUUUCCACUAAAGGAUAAGCUUAUAUAUUAUUUUGGAUUGUAUCUCGUUUCCUCUUCUCAAGUUGUGCCAAUUAUCAGUUGUACUCUCGCCGCGUUCCUCCCAGUCCCAACACGCUGAGUCUCGCAAAGUUGCAAUAAUGAAAUUAAGCGCCUAAAUAAUAUGCUUCUGCCGUUACUCCCCCGAGUUUUCGCGUAUCCGAUCGAAGCCUCUCAACAGAGGACUGUAAUCCGCGGAUUACCGCCUUCAUAUCGUCCCGUUGCCUGAUAAAGGCGGAUUACAGAUUAGCGUGCGCUCGUGGAAGCAGGUCGUUUGUCACAGGAAAAGAUCGCUCCAAGUGUCGUGCCGUUUCGCAUCGACAGGCCGGAGAGGCAAAGAGGACGACGAGCCCGAUCAGCGCACGAAGUCGCGCGCGUCGGACUCUCCCGUAAAAAGUGUGAAAUCGCCGAUUUUACAGCCGAGACUGUCGCACGAUUUUACAGCUCGCAUAGCUUUAUGGUAAAAAAGAACAUUUAUUGUACUGACUGUACCCCGGAUAACACGGAUAGCACGGAUAACAUCGCGUUGGGCGAACGGAGCGUUUCGAAGAUUUUCUGUGGUCGGUCAUUAAUUCCAUCCUUUAUUAACGACAGUUUCCGCGGCACGUUACGACUGUUGAACGUUUAACACACCAUUCGACGUCGCAGUCGUUACGAUCUCGUUACGUGUCGGACUGUUAAGUAAGGUAAAAGUGGAACAAAACGUCCUGCACUCAAUCUGUUUUUGCCGUUCUUGCACACUUUUUUACCAAAUAUCAAAGUAUGAAGAGUAUCAAUAUAUGGAGAGUAAAAAAUUAAAUAAUCAUUAAUUAUUAAUAAAUUUCCAUGUAUCUUAAUAUAUGAUAAAAUUCACACACAAAAAUGCUGAAAGUUUAUAUAUGAAUAUUCAUAUUUAAGGACCAAAACGAGACUCAAAAGGAAUCUAAUUUUCAGCGGAAUUUUUUGAAUCUUAGAUUUUAUUCUCAUACAUAAUCUCAAGAGAGGAUCCUUUUAAAAAGAUAAUAUUCUUAAAAUUAGAAAAAUUUCGUCUUUUAUCUGCAGUGCGUCUUAUUUUUAAUAGAAAACAAAUAUAUUCUUCUUAAUUUAAAAGCAAAAAAAGUUAGAAUGAUAUCUAAUAUAUUUGCGAUCGAUAGCCUAUUUCAUUAGAAGGAGAAUGCUCUUUAGGCAAAGGUUGUCGCUUGGAAUAUGGGAUUACAGGAAAUAGCACCUUGCAACCGAAGUCCUUUUUCUUGGGUGAAUAAAAGCGUGCAGGGUCAGUACGUGGCCAGGCACGUACUUUUACCUCACAUUUUAACGAUCGGAAUUCUCAUCGUUCUUCCCGUACUUGUCCCUCUUUCAAGCUAAAGCUCGCUUUUUUUUUCAUUCCACUCUUCUUGUAGCCGAUCUACUUUUCGUUCGCUUAUUAUUGUUUACUUAACCGAAGGAUCGGAGCACUUCUCGAUAUUAAUCGUCGAGUUUUACUGAUAGGAGAGAGCAAGAGACUCAAAGGCGAUCGCCUGAGGUCACUUAAAGAUUCCGAACACGAUUUUUCAGGUCGUCGGUAAUAAGUCGAUUCCUCUGGCGGGAUCGGAGUUUAUCGACUCGAUCAUUAAAUUACACGGCUGCAAGUCGCAUCCGUGUGUCCGUGCACACACUUCGAUGAUACUUCCCGGCUAUAUCCUCACAGCCAACGACACAUUACGUGAACUCGCUCUAAUUACAUUUCCCCGGGAGUCCCAGACACGCCUCCCGCUUUUUCAAAUCGCGCGCUCUCUCUCUCUCUCCCUCUCUCUCUCUCUCUCUCUCUCUCUCUCUCUCUCGAUUAAUCCCCGACAAUCCUCGCGGCAAUUAAACGUCCGCCGUCUAUUAAUAUUACGACAAACGAAUAUCGAGGCGGCUUGAUAUAUCGCACGCGAUUAAGCCGGCGCGGAACACGGACGGAUCAUAUUGCGGAAGUAUUGGAAAUCGAUGAGAGCGCACAUUACCAUUUUUCACAUAGAAUACGAUACGAUACGCGCUGCCUACAUUAUCAUAAGAAACAUCUAUCAUCUCGUCUUGGGCUUAUCACUUAUGAAAUAUGUAUUGAAAAACAUAUAUAAAACAUACUCUGGUGUGGCAAAAAUUCCAUUUCGUAUCUGCAUUCCAUAUCUAAACUCGUAUUCGCAAUUCCACGUAGCCAUGUGUGUGUAUGUAUGUGUGUGCGCGCGCGCGCGCGUGUAUACGUACAUAUAAAUAUAAAUACGCAUACAUAUAUAUGCAUGUAUGUAUUUCCGCCUCUGUAUCCUAUUCUGUAUUUUUAUCUAUUCAUAGCAAUUUUUUCCUCCUUUUUCCUUUUUUUUCGUGAAACGCUUUUCCUUUAGCCGCGGCUCGUGGUUAGGCGAUAAAUUCUGUACGGGAAACGAGAUGUGCGCGGAAAGUGUGAGCACGAUAACCCCGCGUUGACCUCGCGUGGACUCUUGACCCCCUUUCGAAAACGCUUAAUUUAUAGUAAUGUAUCAUCACGCUGUGAUUGAGUCGCGUCCUCGUUUCAUCGCGCGAUGCGAUCCUUAAUGUCGAAUCGUCGCGUUUAUUAGCACGACGACGACUGAAUGUAGGACGCGUGCGUUCGGAUUUGCGGAAACCCAGCCCGGUCGAUUAUCCGCGAAAGGACUCGGCCAAAGUGACACGAACAGGAUUUCCAGAUUUCGGAACUGCAGUUUACCGAACACAUACUCGCACGCUCGCUAAUUAGCUACUUUGUGCAAACCUAUCACUUACGGUAAGCCGUUGGGUUUCACACGAUCACAUUAUAUCGCGACGAUACGUUCUCUGUUUAACAAAUUUUAUCGCUCGAUUCUUUACCUUCGCGCGUUUCUCGCGCGCGCUCUUUGUAUAAAUCCUUAUUACACCGUAUCGAAUAAAGUUCUCACUUGCAGCCGUAUCGUAUCUCCUACGCCGUGAAAAAUUCAGGCGAAGCCUGUAAAAAAGAGCGCGAGUGGUUGAAACUUUUAUACGGUGCGCGCGUGCAGUCGACCUUUUGAAUUAAAUAGUGAAACUUCAAGGAUUUAAAUUCCCCCGUGAAGUUCGGACAUCGCUUCCAACCGCCGCCCCGCGAUUGUUCUUAUUUCACAAAUCCGUGCUACCCCGCGAGAUUACAAUGAGCCCUUAAUUAAACCGCAUACCUCUAUCUGAGUUAUGGCUACUUUUUAGCAGAUUACUAUAAUUACAUCUCUAAUCUGACCGCGCUGCUAUUGUCCAUAUUAGCCAAAUAUGUGUCGCGUGCGUUACUCAAUACUGCGCCCUGUAACCCACCGAUGUCAGAAUAAUUAGGUUGUCCACUAAAUUUGAUUGAAUCUUGAAGUCGCGUCCGAAUCGACUUCCAUACUCUACUCGUAUUUCUUACUUCCUAAACUUCUUCACGCAAAAUUUAACUCAGAGUAGAACGACAGUUUGCUCGAAUAGUGAAUGUGUAGAAUGAAUUCUACACUCCGAAACGAAUGGAGUGAAUAUUUUCAUCCAACAUUGAAAAGUGCUUCAAGAAAAAAUUCACUCUAACGGAUUGAAAUGCUCACUUUGCGGAUUAAAGAUCCACUCUAAAAAUUGGAGUGAAACAACUCGUUACGUCAAAUUCGCUCGUUUUGAAUGAAAUUCCAUUCCAAGUAAUUUAGACAGUAUACAUGGAGAGAGAAUUGUAUUUUAUUUCAACUUAUUUUAUAAAAGUGUGAAUUCUGUCUUAUUUUCUUAAAAGUUACUGCAGCAUUUGUAGACGAAAUUGAUAGACAUCCUGCAGUGAUGGACUAUCCUUUUACUUCGUAUGUUCUAUCUACAUUUCAUCAACUGAAAUUUGCUGUGUUUCUAGCGAAAUUUCUAGCGAAAUUUGUUAUGUUCCUUAAUACAAGAUAGACCUUGCUAUUCUUGCACUACUAAAAACACAGUAACAUUGAAAAGAGUUUGUGUAGUUGAGGAAUAGUUCGACAUUUUAUAAUCCCAUAUAUUCUUUCAUUUCAUAAGUAUUAUUUACACUUUAGGAACUGCUUUGAAAAUUUGCUAUCUGAAAACAUUGGAACCAAAUACAAGACGCGGUUCCCAAAAAACAAGUGAAAUUUACUAUGCUCCUUGGCCAAAUAAACUCUAUUGAGUCUAUGCACUACUAGAAACAUAGUAAAAUUGAAAAAAAUCUCUGUUUAAUAAAUAAAACAAAAAAAAAAGUAAAAUUCUCUCCGUGUACUCUCUAAAUUUCUUAGAGUGGAAUUUCAUUCGAAGUGAAAAAUGGCAGUAUUUUUAUUCCAAAUUGCAAGAGCAAAUGUUUCACUCAAGCUUAAAUUGUGAUACUCCAUAUGAGCGAAUGUUUCGAUCAAUUAAAGAAAUUAAAUGAAUAUUAAAUGAAUUAAAUGAAUAUAAUUCUAUAACGGUGGAAUACAUCAGAUUCGCAUUUCAAUUUUACGUGAAGAUAUUCAUUCAACAGUUUAGAGUGGAAAAUUCACUUCAUAUGAAUGGAAAAAUCCAAGUGACUCGGAGUGGUCGCUCAACUCUGUUUCGAUUGGAAUAUCACUCUGAGAAAUUCAGCAAGUAAGACUCGCGAUAUCGUAUUAGUCCUUAUUUUGGUUAACCAUCGGUAUCAUAAGCAAUUCACCUGCGAUGCAAAUUCGAUCUAAUCUACGCCCGACGAUGCAAAAUCGGCGAUGGCCAUCUCGAUCGGUCUGCAAAUCGCUAAUUAAUGUUCAUCCGUCCGACUUCAUUGGCUUUGUCUCGAUCGCAAACGCCUACUAUACACACAUCUCUAUUUGUUCCCGCCUGCGUCCACGGCCGCGAAUUGCCGCGAAUAAUUGAAAUUAAUUGUGCUCCGCUCUAUCCAUUCUUUCACUCGCGAGCGCCGGGCGGCCAUUGUUCGGCGCGAAAGGAUGAUUAAUGUUUUCCAUCGUUGAAUUAAUUCCCGGGCGAAAGCAUAAACGCCCUUUGUCUUGCCACGACGUAGAUUAAGCUCCCGAUCUCUCCUCUUUUUGUCUCGCAAAAAUGCACACUGCACCUGCGCGCACCGCCGCCGCCUCCUCGUCCUCCUCUGCUCUCAUCCCGCGACUUGCAAUUACUUCGAUACCUCCGUGUCGCGUAUGCAUACUGUAUACGACGGGAUUGAAAAAGUUUUACGAUAGUUCAUUGUUUAACUCGCGAAUAACAUCGGAUUUGCGUUUUUUUACUCUCUCUCUCUCUCUCUCUCUCUCCCCUCUUUCUCUCGCUCGCUCUCUUUCGCUCUCGCGCACAGCGACUGACAGCGUGUCAAUCCGACUUUGCCGUAACGCAGCGGUAACAUGAUAAAUAUUGAUCCGCGAAUUCGUGUGUGCUCAUCACCGCAAUCACACAAUUAACGCUACCAAGCCCCGCUCUCCCCGCCUCUCGAAACGGAUGCGGGCAUGUGUGUACAAAAUUCGCUAAUUGCGACGAAAAUAAAAAUGCUCGCGCUGCGAGCCGGCACAAAGCCGCAUUUACACAAUACCGCCGACGCAUAUCGCUGAGGAUUUUACAGUCGCGCAUUUCGAUCAUUAUAAUCGCAACUGUUUACGAGGAAAACAGUUCAGUUAAUAACCCAAUUCUCAUCACUGCUCGCAUUGAAGAGAUAAAUGUCUAAAAAAAAAACAGAAAAUAUAUACACAUAUUCUCACAGGCAGAAACAAAUUUUUUUCAAAGAAAAGAAUGAUCUCAUCCUUAACGGAGUUCUUCUAUUCAUUAUCCCAAGAAUCUUCUAAAACCAAAAAAUGAAUAUUCUUAACUUAACAUUCUUACCCAAAGUGAGAGAGAGAGGGAGGAAAAUAAAGAAAGAGAGAAAAAUAUUCUCUUUUCUCAUAUAAACUCGGCUGUCACUGAGCUUUUUGAGUAAAAUUUUAUUCCAAAAAAUCUAGAAAUUAUCCAGCGAGUAAUUAUUUAGCGAGUAAAUAUUUUUCAUUUCUCCUCCCAGUGCACACACUCGCACACGCAUACACAAUUGCGCUCAUUCCCGCAGUCAGUGUCUCUCUCGACCCGGCCUGCUUCCGACGUCCUCACACGUCGGGAUUUCGUGCAGAGUUUCAUCCAACUCGAGCUUCGCGACAACUGCAAGUAGUCUAGCCGCGCGCUUAUCCGGCCGACGCCGCGCUCCCUCCCCCGCGUUCGGUACGGCCCGCGACGAACGCAGGUGCGAGCAUACAUAGAAUUGAACGAACGACGAAUGACCUUUCACUCAAAGAGACGCGGGCACCGGCGACGUCGGCGCGACGAUGAACGAACACGAUGCGUAGCCGCUAGCCGGUAAAAGUGCUGACGCAAGGGCACGAAAGUGGAAGGCGGAAUUAUGCCGGACAAAAAUCCGGGACAAUGCCGAGAUGGACAACGCGACAAAGAUUUCCUCGCCGGCGAGAUCUCAUCCAUCGGCAUGUCACUGCGGCCCAGCGGGAGUGCAUCUUCCGGCAUCUCGACCCUCGCGAGUUGCGGCGAGGUCGACGCGUUGCCGGAGCUGCCGGCGCAGGAUGAGGAACGCCUGCAGCGUGCUGCACGCUUGCUGCAGCAGAGGCUGGUGUUACGUCAAUGGUUGACGGAUCAUGGCCUACACAGCUAUUAUCAAAAGUUGAUGCAAAUGGAGGUGAUGUCCCUGGAGGAUGUAUACUGGGUGGAGGACAAUGCGGCGCGAACGGCCCUUGGCAAGGAUCUACCGCGGUGGAUCCAGGCCAGACAGACUCUGCCUACCUCGAAAGAAGAUUUGGAAACCCUCAAAGCGGAUCUGUGGAGCGCUGUGGUGAAGAACAGCCAACACCAGGACGCUUGGACAUGGGGCGGUAUGCUGGUAGUUUCCGUGUCGGUAGCGGGGCUGGUUACCCUGGCCGCUAUGACGCAGCCCGCUCUGGCGCCCGAAGCGAAACACUCACUUCUGCAGUACGUCACAGGGAAAUAUUUAUUGCCGAGUAACUGCCGCGUUCAUUUCGAGUGGGAAGAGCCCCAGCUGGUCGGCGAGACGAUGACUUUUACGGUCAAAUUUUAUCAGCGCAACGGCCAGCCGUACCCGAUAUGCGACAAGGACAAUUUGAUCGUGGAGGUGACGGAGGACACCCGCCGAGUCGCCACUCUGAUCGAAUUGGGAGGCACCGACCCCUUAGCUGCGAAUACCGCAGUGGUGAAGUUUACUGUCCGCCAUGCGGGACAAUAUCGAAUAGCCGUACUUAUCGGAUCGUGUCACGUUCACGGCAGCCCGUUCCUCAAGAAUUUCCUUCCCGGUCCUCCGGAUCCAAAUAAGACGGUGUUUGUACGGCAAAGUUCCACGGUCGUUUGUACAGCUGGAAUAGUGCACUCGAUGACAAUAGAGCCACGCGACGAAUAUGACAAUCUGUGCAUAUUCGAGCCUGGGGAUUUGCCUACGAAAGGCUAUAACGUCAAUAUUAUUCAGAUCGGUAGCAUAGCGGAUAAAGGAUCGAUGAUAGACUGUUUAGACCAUACUAUCGAGCUCGACUAUGACUCUCCGAGUCAAAGAAUUCGGCUGAAAGUGAGUUUCCCGAAAGGUGGAUGUUACCAUGCGACCGUUAGCUUAGCGGGGCUGCAACUGCACAACGGGGACUUCGAUAUUAUUGUGCUCGAGAGUUCUGUCGCGCGAAUGGUACAUAAUCACGUAGCUUCCAAGGACCCCGCCAUUUGUUACGGCGCGAAACUGCUGGGCAUGCAAGGAGAAAGGUUUUCGAAACCGAAGAAGGUCUUCUGCUUCAUCUCGCCUAAGCAGCUUACGAUUAAGGAGUAUUUAUUGAAAUUCAUCCCCAAAAGACUCGUGACGUUUCGACUAUGUCCGUCAACUAAGUUUCAUUUUGAGAAUUCAACUAAUCGGCACGAAGGCUACCAUCCCUUCUCGAUAGACGACGGAUGCCAACCGCCCGUCGAACUAAUAUCCGUGUACCGCGACAUAAUAGCCGCCACGUUUACUUUGUUCCUCCUGAAAAACAUCGGCGGCAGCGAGACCUUCGCCGACAAGCAAGACUUUUUCUAUCACGAGGUCCGCAAGCGCCAUCAGAAGCAUUAUCACGAAAAGCUGCCGAUGAAGGUGCAGCGUGAUAAGCUACUGGAGUCGUCUAUGAAAGCUACCAAAGUGUUUUCCGUGAGUGACUGGUGCCGUAACUUCGAGAUCACCUUUCAAGGCGAGCAAGGUGUCGAUUGGGGUGGUGUGCGGCGCGAAUGGUUCGAGUUAAUAUGCGCCGCCCUGUUCGACCCGGGAAACGGCCUGUUCGCGUCGUUCGGGGAAUCGCAGCAGGCACUGGUACAUCCGAACUCCAAGCGACCACCGCAGCUGAAAUUGAAGCAUUACGAAUUCGCUGGACGUAUCGUGGGCAAAUGUCUCUACGAGUCGGCGCUCGGCGGCUCCUACCGUCAGUUGGUGCGCGCGCGAUUCACCAGGUCCUUUCUCGCACAGAUCAUCGGGCUCAGGGUGCACUACAAGUACUUCGAGCAAGACGAUCCCGACCUGUAUUUGAGCAAAGUGAAGUACAUCCUCGAGAACGACGUCGAGGAAAUGGAAUUGUACUUUGUCGAGGAAGAGUACGACAAUGAUGGUCAAUUAUUGAAGGUGGCGGAAUUAAUUCCCGGCGGCAGCAAGGUCCGAGUGACCAACGAUACCAAACUCCGUUACCUGGACGCUCUCGCUCAGCACCGGCUGGCCAACUCCAUUCGCAACGAAGUCGAUCAUUUCUUGCGCGGCCUCAACGAGCUGAUUCCCGACAAUCUCUUGGGAAUAUUUGACGAGAAUGAAUUGGAGUUGCUGUUGUGCGGCACCGGUGAAUAUAGCGUGGCGGAUUUGCGCGCCCACCACAUAGCUAACGGAAGUUCUCCGGAAUUUCUCCGAGUCCUCUACUGGUUCUGGACUGCAGUGAGCAAUUUCACGCAGGAAGAAAUGGCGCGUCUGCUCCAGUUCACCACGGGUUGUUCGCAAUUGCCGCCCGGAGGGUUUCAACAGCUGAGCCCGCGUUUCCAAAUCACGGCCGCGCCAACGUUCGCCAACUUACCUACAGCGCACACUUGCUUCAAUCAACUCUGUUUGCCUGAUUACGAGUGCUACGAUCACUUCGAACGAGCGUUGCUGUUGGCGAUCAGCGAGGGCACCGAAGGUUUCGGCAUGAUCUAACCGGAGAACUUAUCCAGGAUCCACUGAACCUCUAGUCGAGUCUAGUUAGAACGACAUUGUUAAUUGAAGUAAUUAUUUAUCCAUUCUCCCUCUGAUAGCAAAAAACAAAAGAUCAUAGUACUUUCGGAAAUAGAUCCUGCACGAAUCUGUCCCGCUGGCGACCACCUGGCCUCUAGCGGGGUCACGAAGAGCGAAGACAACUCUCUCUCUAUAUAUCGCACGUUUUGAUAUGUAACCGAUUAGAACUUUUGGACAUUUACUUUCUUUGUUUACGCCGAAGACUAUCAAGAACAAUCCAAUCUUCCGACGGUAUAGAGGACGCAGUUUCUACCGAGCCGCGGCGACGUUUUUUAUAAAAAAACGGAGAAUAUUCACAAGAGCAAUGUUACCUCGACAUCAGAAUUGCUCAAUAUUGUCGUAUCGAGACCUAGCGUAGUCGAAAAAAACUUACGAUAGAUUUUCAAAAGAAAGAAAAAGGAAACGUGUACGUGAAAAUUACGUCGACGCGUUUCUUCUCGAGGAUCGACGUCUGUAGCUGAUGGAAUAAUGGCAGAUGUGUAAUAGCAUAACAAUACAACUACAAAUCAAACUACGCAUAUAUGCAAUUUUUUUUCGCGGUAACUGUUAUAUACGUAAGGAGAGGACGAUACAUCUGUCACGCGAUCUGAGGAGGGAUCAUUCUUAGCAGUAUUGAACGUAUUCCGUUCGUCAGUAUUUGUUAGUGCAUUCUGUCGCGAAGUAGCUGCAUCGCGGCGUAUGAUUUCCGUAAACCUCAAAAGAACAAAAAGAAACAAGAGCGCGCGGCGAACAAUGUAUUAAUAUACAUUGCAGCUUUAUAGUUUACCUCCCCCCCCCCUUUUUUUCUCUUUCUCUGUCUCUUACCCCUUCGUUCUUCUUUUCCCACUCAUGAUUACGAGCACAGCGAUUACAGUACUUCCAACGCGCGCGUCGAAAUUGGAGGGAUAAUGUGAGCUAAUUAGCAUGUACAUCCUGUACAAAAUCGUAUGCCGAAUAACACUGUAUAUCACAUUUGUUUCUUAUCGACGCGACGAUACAUGCGAUCGCCUAACUUGUAACGAAAUACUGUAUCGUAUUUUGGAGGGGGUAACAUACUGUAAGCGUCGCAUUCUGAUGUAUACGUAUUUAUUUAAGACGCAAUUGAAACUAUGUACUUAUAAUUAAGAGUAGGAAUGUGAAAUGUAGUAAUCGCCAUAGCCAGGCAAUUCGUUGCAAGAUAAAGCGAAUGGCCGACAAGAUCGCAAAGUCGUACUACGCCUCGCAGUAGCAAAACAAACUGACCGCCCCGCCAGACUUUUGUCCGCCACCGGAUAAUACUGACGGCAAUUUAUUUUUAUCAGUUUAUCGUGUUACGCGAAGGAAACUAAGAAUAUAGAUUAAAAAGAGCAUGUAA